UCUUGAAAAACAUUAUCAAUUUGUCCAAUUUACAAUUUGUGUUUAGGUCAUUCGUUGUUGAAAGUUUCGAGUUGUAUCAGUCUUUGAAUAAUGCAACCAAUAUACCACUUAAAAGAACCACAAAUUGAUAGGGAAGAGGACGUCAGGACAAUUAUACAGACGUUUCUUUUUCAGUUCUCGGAGAAGGCGUACGGUGGGCCUUCGUUCAAUCGCCCGGCUUGCUGUUUUGCGCCGCAUAUUUAUGGAGCCGGCAAAACAUUUCUAGGCCAAAACUUUUUGGCCUAUUUGAAUAUUUUUGCAGAGCGUGAGUGUUCCAAUGCACAGACUUUUCAACAACUACACAGUUCAAACGAUAACCCCCAACCGAGUGCGUUGAAGGUGCCUUGGAAACACUUUGCGGAACAAACUUUGUCAGUUAUCUUAGAACUAAGAGAGAGCUUUUUUCGCGCUCCUUUUCCAAGAAGAAAAGAUGCCGCACACGUUGCUUCAACGAUAAUCAGGGAACUCAACUUGGACGAUGCCAUAGAUUAUCUUCUCGAACAAUUUCAGAAACAAUAUUUAUUUUUGAUGAUAGACGAACUUAGCCACCUGAGUUACCUCACUAAAUACUAUAGUGAACUCGGCGAGGAACAGUUCAUCGAGUCUGACCCAAAAUAUGUACCUUUUCGGAACUUCUUCCGCAUUUUACGUGAUUUGUUGAUUAUAGGAAAGGUAAUUGUCUAUUUGGCAGGUCGAACUGCUGAAAUCUCGCCCUUGUCUGAUACUCGCUCCAGUAGAGUGAGUCUCCAUAUGUUGCGGCUGAAUCCCUUUAAUCUCCAUGAUAUUAACGAAUAUAUUGAGCUGGCAACUUAUGAUGGAAAGUCCUUGAAGGACUGGUUAUUGCCCUCUGAUGAUUUACGACAUCGAUUCGUAGAAUUGUUGAAAAAAGAAGACAGGGGUUAUAUUCCCGACACUUCAACAGCAAAGGGAGUCUUCUUUGAAUUUGUAUUUAUGAAGAUCUUUCGCUUUCGCUUAUUAACUUUUCUUCAUUCUAAUUCCUCGCCUAUCGUACAUUCUGCUAUUCCAGGAAUUUUCGAGGGCUCUUUUAUUGAACAGGACAAUGUUUCUUAUUCUAUGGAAUCAACAAAAUCUAAUGAUAUACCCAUCUUGAGAGAUGUCUCUGAUUCAUUUUCUGAUCAUUAUGGAAAAUAUUUACAACGUUGUGGUAUUUUUGUUCCAAAGGAGGGCAAUUCGAGUGGCCCUGAUGCAUAUGUUGUAUUCCAUAAUGGACAAACACGUUAUGUUGUUGGAUUUUCAUUCAAAUUUUAUCACAAAAGUGAAUUUUCGAAGAGAGAUAUUGAGGAGGAAGCCAAAAAAUUUUUGAAGGAAGUUGUUUCCGUUUUGAAUUACGAAUCUUGUUCAUCUGUUCAACUUUGUUUUCAGUUUGUGGUGAUAGCAUAUACUAAUUAUGAUCGAUCUGUUUUUUUCUCUGUUGAAGAUGCAAGUUAUUUGGUUACUGAACAUUCUGCAGGGUCAAUUUUGAAUGAAAGUAGUCGAUCAUGCCUGCAGUUGGUAAUUGUUUCCCAAAAGAACCUUGAACGAUUCUUUGGAAGAGAAAAUUUCGAUAUUUUGAGGAAAAUUGACAAGGCAAGCCGAGACGAGUUCAGUAAAUACUUUUCAGUAUGAUGUAAAACUUAUUUGAAUCGAUGUCCAAUGAAUAUGUUUCAUCUUUG